AUGGAAUGCAAGCCCUUUGGAGGAAAUGUCAUUCUAUUUGGUGGUGAUUUUAGACAAAUUCUUCCGGUCAUCCCUAAAGGUACCAUAACAAUGAUAGUCAAUGCUUAUUUGAAUUCUUCUUAUAUAUGGCGAUACUGUCAAGUACUAAAGCUAACUGAGAAUAUGAGAUUAAGAGUUGGACGUCAGGAAACAUAUUUGAAAGAAAUAAAGGAAUUUGCAGAAUGGAUUUUAGAGCUUGGUGAUCGUCUGCUUGGUGAACAAAAUAAUGAUGAGGUAGAUAUUGAAAUUCCAGAUGAUUUACUUAUUCAUGACCAAGUCAAUCCUAUUUCUUCUCUCAUUUCAUUUACGUAUCCGGACGCAAAUAAGUUUUUGUGGGAUUUAACGUAUUUCCAACAAAGAGCGAUUCUUGCUCUAACUAAUGAAGUAGUGGAUUCAAUAAAUAAAGAUUGUUAG